AUGCUGAAGCCCUCGAAUUUCGUGGCCGUCGCACCGGACGGUGAGACGAAGAUUCUCUUUCAUUUCCUAGAGCUGGUGGACAGCUUCUUCAUUUACAUUUCGGAUGUCCGCGACGUUGGUGCACUUGAUGACCUACACGUGGGCCUGCCGCCGAGGGGCUUACUCCUCCCAAAAACGACGACGGGAAUGGUUCCGGCGGUGCAGCAUGCGAAGAAGAUUCUUGAUACAGGAAACGCUGGUGGCGUCGACAGUGUGAAGAUGGCCAGAGCACCAGCUGAAGCCGAGACGAAGGACAUAGCAUCCAAUCCCGUCGAAAAUGUUCUCACUCCGAAAGCUAGUUCGAAUCCGUCAAACCCCCAGGAUCAACACAGUCCCAAACCGGCACCUGUUUCUUCGCUCUUCACCGGAAUGAAGUUCAAGAUCAAAAACCUGGAGAAGCAAGGGAGUUCCUGUUCCACUGAGUACCCUUCGCAGACGACCAACGACCUCCAGGAUAACAACUUCAUUAGCGCGGCCUCUUCGCUGCACACCAACCUGUACAACCCGAACUCGGGCUACUCGACGGCCACUGACGGGAUGAAAAAGGACCCGUUGAAGCACCCGCUGAGCAAGGUGCUGAUGCAAAAAUCGAAAUCGAACACGCUUGAAAGCCUGGGCGAGGAGGAAUUACCCCAACUCGGACGCGAGAACGAGGAAGACCAAACGCCAAAUGGCACGAACACCUUCGAUCGCACGCAUUCGGUGCAGUUCGACAUUUCCAACUCCUCGAUCGGCCUCCACCCGAUGGGCACGCCGCCCUGCACGCGCACGGCCUCGCAUUGCACGUCGCGAUUGUCGGUCGGCGUCAGCCGCCGCGCGGCGUCGCCCCGGGCGCAAAACAUGAACAUGCAGGAACACCAGCAGCUGUUGGCCAACUCAUUAGCGAAAUUGAAGAUCAACGAACACGUGCUGCAAAUGGAGCACGGAGGACUGCAACUGGCGGACGAGAUGUUGUUGCAAGCCGGAGGAGCUACGGGGGCUGUGGACUCGGAGAUCUCGGCGAAGUCGACCACCGUCGGAACAGAGGUUACCAUGACUGGUUUUCCGGGGGACGCGGAGGAGGAGGAAAGCGCCUCGGGGGUCAAAACUGGGCCUGUUCUUGCCGAGAAGAAUGCUCAGGAUCUUCGCGUCCAAAAGAAGUCCUCGUUGCUUGCGACCGAAACUGCAUCAGCGGCCUCAUCUUCUCCUACUGUUGACGACCUGUUCCCGCAGCCCAGUUCCUGCGUAAUGGGCUCGUUGGACGGGCUGGGCGGCACGUUGGCGAGUCAGCUAGCCCUGUUCCAUAAAAAGCCGAUGCACGUCAGCUGCAAUCUGCGGGGGAACUGCCAGGACUCGAGUUCGGAAGAGUAUGGAAACAUGCAGCUGUUCCUCCUCGAGCAGUGUCGGAAUUUUUUGCUGAAGCAGCGAGGUGAUAACGCGGUGGACAACAAGGUCAAAGAGCAGGAAAGUACGAUGUUGGAACCCAAAUGUUCUUCGCAGCAGAAAAUCGUGGAAGCCGCAAGAGCUGCUGCGCCGCAGAAUCGUCCCCCGACAGUGUUGUCGACGCUCGAUGCAUCUGGCGCGGGCGCUGGGGGCGCAUGA